AUUCCAAGAAAUCAUCUCGUCUUUUCAUCUUUUCAGAGAGUUUUUCAAUUCUCUCUCUCUCUCCAUUUUCGCUUCUGAUCUCUCUUUUUCUCUUCAUUUUUUGCUGAGUCCACAGCUAUUCAGAAACCCAGUGAAGAAUCUGUUUGAGUUUGAUAAAUCCGGUGUCCUGCAGACAUGGCUCCUACACCAGCAUCAAAGUCAAACCACUCGACGCCUUCAUCAAAACUAAAUGCAGCCCACCAGCAAUCCAGGACCCCUCAGUCGAAGCUCCGCUUGAAUUUCCCCAAAGAAUCCUCCGCCGCCGCCGGUGCGCCGCCUGAGCACCCGGUGGAGGUCAUCGGGAGAAUACGGGAUCACCCGGAGCAAAAAAACAAGCCUCCGGUGAACCCAUCAACCUUACAGAUUCACAGCGAUGGGAAGUCGCUGAGAGUUAAGACGGAAAUCGGGUACCGGGAUUUUAGCCUAGAUGGAGUUUCACUGUCAGAACAAGACGAUCUUGAGGGGUUCUACAGAAAGUUCGUGGAGUCUAGGAUUAAUGGUGUGAAGCUGGGGCAGAAAUGCACGAUCAUGAUGUACGGCCCGACGGGUUCUGGCAAGAGUCACACGAUGUUCGGGAGUUCCACGCAGCAAGGGAUUGUUUACAGGUCUUUGAAGGAUAUUCUGGGUGAAGGGGUGGAGGGUGGUGAUGAUGAGAAAGUAGGGGUGGGGACAUUUGUGCAGGUUACUGUUUUGGAGAUAUAUAAUGAAGAAAUAUAUGAUCUUCUGUCAUCAGGCAAUGCUGGUGGAGGGUUUAGUUUUGGAUGGUCUAAAGGUGGCUCUGCUUCUAAGGUGAGACUGGAAGUAAUCGGUAAGAAGGCGAAAAAUGCUACCUUUAUUUCUGGAAAUGAAGCUGGAAAGAUGCUGAAGGAGAUUCAGAAAGUGGAGAAGAGAAGAAUAGUGAAGAGCACACUCUGCAACGAGAGAAGUUCCCGAAGCCAUUGCAUGAUAAUUGUCGAUGUCCCAACAGUUGGAGGCAGGCUUAUGCUUGUGGACAUGGCAGGUUCAGAAAAUAUUGAACAAGCUGGUCAAAAUGGUUUGGAAGCAAAAAUGCAGACAGCAAAGAUCAAUCAGGGUAAUAUUGCGCUGAAGAGAGUGGUUGAAUCUAUAGCAAACAGUGAUUCUCAUGUGCCGUUCAGAGAUAGCAAGCUAACAAUGCUACUUCAGGAUUCUUUUGAGGAUGAUAAGUCCAAAAUUUUGAUGAUACUUUGUGCGAGCCCGGAUCCAAAGGAAUUGCAUAAAACUAUUGCAACUCUGGAAUACGGGGCAAAAGCAAAGUGCAUAGUUCGUUGUCCUCAUACACCGGUUAAGGACAAAGGGGCUGAAGAUUCUUCAUCUGCUGUUAUUUUGGGUUCAAGAAUUGCAGCUCUGGACCAGUUCAUCUGCAAGUUACAGGUCGAGAACAAACUCAGGGAAAAAGAGUGCAGUGAGGCAAAGAAAGAGCUUAAGAAGAAAGAACAGGAGAUUUCUGCACUGCGGGCUAAGCUUGCAGUAGUAGAAGGAAGAGGAGAAGAGGCUAAUGAGGAGGAGAUCAAUUCGAAAGUAAACGAGCGGACUCAGAUGCUGAAAAGGGAACUGGAUGUGAAGAUACACGAAUGUCAGAGAAUGGCCCAUGAAUUUGUUGAGACAGAAAGGAGGAAGAUGGAAGCAAGAAUGUUUCAACAGCAACAAGAAGUUGAAAUGCUUAGACGACGCUUAGAGGAGAUUGAGUCUGAACUUCGUCUGUCAAAUGCUGGGAGUACACCAGCAGAAGUGGAAGGAAGCAGCUUCAUGAAAAGGCUGUUGGAGGUUUGUUCUGAAGAUUCGGACAUGGUUAAGUCCAUGGAUUUGGUUAAGUCAAUCGACAUGGAAACUACUGUUCUUCACAAAGCAGAAAUUCAUGGAACUAAUCCUGUUUCAGGAUUCACAUAUGCAAACGAUUUCAGUGAAGGAAUAUUGAGCUUUCCAAGCAAAGCAGGCCUGACCACCGUAUAUGAGGAAGAAGAGAACGAUGAUGACGAAGAAGAUAAAGAGAGUCUCUUUGACGACGAAGUGCAGAAGGAGGUUAUCGAGGAGAAAAGGAUCAUAAUUACACCUGAAGUUUCAACCCAAGAUCCAGAGAAGUCUGACUACUUUAAAGAUACGGUUGAGCUUGGAGGAUCAAUAGCAUAUGAUGAACCUGAAAAUCCUAAUGAUGCAGCCUCUUCUCGGCAAAUGAGGAUUCAGAACAUUUUCACUCUCUGUGGGGGUUAUAGAGAACUUUCUCAGCAUGAUGGCAACAGCACACCUAUGCCUGCAGCAAAGACGUUGGAUGAACUUGAGGCGGAACAAAACCUGGAUGAUCAAGAGCAGGAAAAAUUAAGGGGUUCAGCUGAGAUAGCAAAGAAUUUGAAGGAGAAUCAUAAUCCAUUAGAUGAAGAAGCAUCUCGUGUUGAAGUAUAUGUAAAAUGGGAGGCAUCAAAAGAAAAUCCUGGUAACUUUAUCACCACAUUGAAGGUUUUGAAAGAUUCCACUCUUGCUGACUUGCGGAAGUUAAUAGAAAUCCAUCUUGCUGGCGAUCAUCAAGGUUUUGCUUUCCUUGUUCUUGGGGAUCCUUCUGGUGCUCCUGUGUCUAAGGACAAGGAGGCUACAACGAAGACAAGCAAGCUUCCUAUCUGCAACAAUCAAGUACAUGGCCGCCUAGCUUGUCUGCGUCCCAUGAAGUCAAUUCAGCCGCCGUCUCAUUUGCCAUUUAGUCCUCUGGAAAAUAAGCUGCCAAACACUCCAAAUUCACAUAUUGGCAAGAAAGCUGAUGAUUGCUUCUCACCUAAGAUAGCUCAAUACCUAAGCUCAACACCUCUGGUUACUCUUAGAAGACUUUAACAUCGAUGAUUCAGGUAUGUCCAGAUGUUUGUAAUACUUGAAGUAUAUGCUGUAAUUACACUGUAUCAGUCUAGUAUUUGCUGUAACUAUAUGCUAAGUACAUGUAGUUUUGUACUCCUGGUGCAUGAUGUAAGCAGCAUGAUUACCAUUUGAUUAUGGCUGCAAGUAUGAUGAUGUGCUUUGUUCA